AUGAAGAUUACUAAAAAAGAGUAAAAAAUAUUGGAAAAGUAAGCUUUAAAAGAUAAUUAGAAAUUAAUUCAAGAGGAAAAAGGCACAAAUAAUUAAAAAUUAGAAGAAUCUUAAGAUUAAUAAAAAUAGAUUGUAAAGUCUAAAAAAAGAAGCAAUAAAAAGUUAUAAGAGAGUUUGAGUGGCUCAGAUGAAAGUCAAAGCUUAGAUAAUAUUUAAAAAAAGUAGAAAAAUGAUAAGAAUAAAUAAAUUGAAGGUUCAUUUCAAAUUAAAGGAUUUGACUGGUAUUAAAAAGAAAAUAAUGAUAAAAAAUUUAUGAAGAUACAAAGAGAAUUCAUUCCAUAAAAUUUUUUAAAAGUAAACUUAGAUGAUCUUAAAAAAAGAAAAGAAAUUUCACAAAAUACCCACAAAUAAAUAAUCUAAUAUUUCGAAACAGGAAGCUGCUUUAAGGACUCUUACUUCACUGAUGAUCAAAAUGAAUUUUUAUAAUUUUAAGUUAAAAUUAUUUAAGAAUAUCUUUAAAAAAGAUAAAUGAGUAUAAUCCAACCAAAUCAAACAAUAAAAUAUUUACAAACUUCUAAGAAGGUAGAUUUAAUAUGUUAAAACGAUUAAGAAUGCAUAAUUGUAUGUUUUUUAGUUACCAAGCGCACACCAGAAUUAAAUAUAAUUUGUGAUUUUUCUUAUCACUAUUUAGAUUUAAUAGAAGCAUAAGAAGAAAUGUUAAAUUAGAAAAAGAAAGUUACUGUUUUGAUAGUUCCUUUGCUUAUGUUAAAUAAUUUUAGAAUCAUUGAGUUUGAUAAAGAAGAAAUAAUUUAGAUGUAGUAAGAUCAAGAAUAAAGGACUUACUUUUAAUGUAACUAUUCUAAAUAUUUAGAAAGUUAUCUAUUUAGGGAUGUAAGCAUAUUAUUAGAAUAGUGUGAGCUAGGCAGAAAUCCCUAAGAAAAAAAAACAGUUUAUUAGUUUAUCAAAGAUCUUGAUAGAUAAAAGAAUAUUAAGGAAAUAGAAUAAUACUAAAACUUUGAUAAUGCUCCUAAAAGAUUUAACCCUAGAAAUAGAGAAUGUAUGAAUAUGGAAUAUAAAAAACAGUUCCAAUAGUUUUAUUUGGUAGCAACUAUAUUAUAAUUUAAAUAUAAGAACUUUAUUUUGAGUAAAGCUUCACAAUUAAUAAAUAAUUAACCAAAAAUAACAAAUUAUUAUACAGUAGAAGCAAACAAUUACCCAAUUUAUGAGUCAGAAUUAUUUUGA